AUGCCGCCACGUAGGGAGCCCGAUCAUCAGGUUCCUACUCAGGCUACGGUAGUCGCUCAGUUCCGCGACAAUCAUGCCGAAAAGUUCUCAGGACAGGGAGACCCCCGCAUCGUUGAUGAAUGGAUUCAGGGGUUGGAGUUUAUCUUUGAGGUUAUGGAAUGCCCCGAUAGGUAUCGUGUAGUUUGCGCUCAGCUUCAGCUCACUGGUGAUGCAAGGCUCUGGUGGAACGCCUACUGGAGCAUGCGUCCCGGUGAAAAGGCGGGUUGUACAUGGGACAUGUUUAAGGAGUUAGUCCGUGACAAGUACUACCCUUCCUACUAUCGGGCAGAGAUGGAGCGCCAGUUCUUAGCGCUUCAGCAGGGUACUCGUACUGUCGAUGAGUACGAGCGAGAGUUCACUAGACUUGCAGGUUUUGCACCGGAUCUUGUUCGCACGGAGGCCCAGAGAGCUCAGCGGUUCAUUGACGGACUUUACCCAGCAGUCCGUCACAACAUCGUGGGACACGGGACUCAGACCUACGCUCGUGCCGUUUCUAUCGCCCUGGAGGUGGACGCUAGCAUCAGGAGGGAAGCAGUCCGUGAUCGUGCUCAGCCAUCUGCCCCAGCUCAGCCAUUUGCAGUUCCACCAGCUCUACCAGCCCCUCAGCCAGCAAAGGAGAAGAAGAGAAAGGGAAAGGGUGCACAGACUGACUGGAGGACCCGACAGAGACAGCAGCCGAUUCCACCGUGCCCGACUUGUGGUCGACUUCACAGGGGAGAGUGUCGUGCUGGACAGGACAUCUGUUACUAUUGCCAGGAGCCGGGACAUUUUGCGAGUCGUUGCCCGAAGAAACUCCAGCAGCAGCAGGCCAGGGUUUACGCGGUUGAUCAGGCCGAGGCAGCUCAGCAGCCAGGUACUAUGUCAGGGAUGGUUGUCCUCAAUGAUAUUCCUGUGUUCGCUUUAUUCGAUACUGGAGCGACACAUACUUUCAUUUCACGACGAUGUCUCGAUACCAUCGGAGUUCACGAUGUUACCGCUGUCGAUCCUCUCGAGGUGAGUUUAGCCUCGGGACGAAAGAUAGUGACCUCAGCUAAAGCCUCAAAUCUUAGCCUUUCCAUCGGUGGUCGAGUAUUGACUGCCGACGCGUUUGUUCUCGAGAUAAGGGACUUCGACCUUAUUCUCGGAAUGGAUUGGCUAUCCUUCUAUCACACAGACAUCAGGUGUCAUGACCGGGAGAUCACUCUCUAUCUUCCGGGAGACGAGUCGAUUACUUUCUUCGGCUCCAGGAAUCGUUCAUUACCUCAGGUUGUUUCGAUGGCGAAAGCCACUAAGCUAUUGCAACGAGGCAACUGCCAGGGUUACCUGGUGAGCCUUGUUGAGGAUUCUCAGAAAGCGCGGACACCUCAUGAUGUUCCAAUCGUUCGCGAUUUCGUGGACGUGUUCCCAGACGAGCUUCCCGGAGGACCGCCCAACCGUCAGGUGGAGUUUUCUAUCGAUCUUAUUCCAGGGGCUGGUCCAGUAUCCAAAGCCCCAUAUCGCAUGGCGCCUAAGGAGUUGCAGGAGCUUAAGACCCAGAUUCAGGAGCUGUUACGACUCGGUUUCAUCCGACCGAGCGUGUCACCUUGGGGAGCACCCGUUCUCUUUGUCAAGAAGAAGGACGGAUCUAUGCGCAUGUGUAUCGACUACCGGGAUCUUAACCGGUUGACGAUCAAGAAUAAGUACCCGCUUCCCAGGAUCGACGACUUAUUUGAUCAGUUGAGGGGAGCCUGUGUAUUCUCAAAGAUUGAUUUGCGAUCAGGCUACCACCAGCUGAAGAUUAAGGAGUCAGAUAUCGCUAAGACCGCUUUCAGGACUCGUUACGGCCAUUACGAGUUCGUUGUCAUGCCUUUCGGUCUCAGCAAUGCGCCAAUUGUUUUCAUGGAUCUCAUGAACCGUAUUUUCCAUCCCUACCUCGAUCAGUUCGUUAUUUUCUUUAUUGACGAUAUCCUUAUCUACUCGAAGAGCCAGAAGGAGCACGAGGAGCAUGUGAGGGUGGUUCUCGAAACCCUCAGACGAGAGAAGUUGUACGCCAAAUUCUCCAAAUGCGAGUUCUGGCUUCAGCGAGUAUCCUUUCUGGGUCAUGUGAUUACUCAGGCAGGCAUCGAGGUGGAUCCUUCUAAGGUAUCAGCCAUUCAGAACUGGUCGACACCGAGGAGUCCGUCCGAGGUUCGCAGUUUUCUCGGUUUAGCUGGUUACUAUCGCAGGUUUAUCGAGGGCUUCUCCAAGAUUGCCCUCCCUCUUUCCCAGCUGACGAGGAAGUCUGUGAAGUUCGAAUGGACUGACCGAUGUGAGGUUAGCUUUCAGGAGCUCAAGAGGAGACUAACUUCAGCACCGGUGUUGACUAUUCUCGAUCCUUCUCGGAGUUUCACUAUCUUUAGCGAUGCUUCGAGGCAGGGCUUGGGAUGUGUCCUUAUGCAGAACGGACAGGUCGUCGCGUAUGCUUCACGUCAGCUUAAGCCUCAUGAGCAGAACUAUCCUACGCACGACUUGGAGUUAGCAGCAGUCGUUCAUGCACUGAAGAUAUGGCGACAUUAUCUUUACGGCGGACGCUGCGAGAUUUUCACAGACCAUAAGAGCCUGCAGUACAUCUUCACGCAGAAGGAGCUUAAUAUGAGGCAGCGCCGUUGGCUUGAGCUUGUCAAGGAUUAUGAUUGUUCUAUCCAGUACCAUCCGGGAAAGGCGAACGUCGUCGCAGAUGCCCUAAGCCGAAAGGUGAAGGGUGACUUUACGUACGUCAUUAUGAAGCAGAGACCGUUGAUUCAUGAGUUUGCCCGGAUGCAGCUUCAGGCGAUCGAUGCACUUCCCAUAGCUGUCUCGGGGAGUACCAGUGCCAGUGUCAGUGCUAUGCAGCUUCAGCCGACACUGAGAAAAAGAAUCCGGCGAGAGCAGGCUUCUGACGAGUUUGUUCGUGUCAUGGAGGCCAAGGUUCGCGCCGGAGGUGUCCAGGAUUUUCAGCUAGGCGCCGAUG